ACAGGGAACAGAUUUCUUGGAUACAUAGCCAUCUAGCUACGCCGGCUACAAAUUGUUUUACAGGACGAAAUCGCGAACAAAAAUAUAAUGUAUUGAUAAGUCGGCAUUUAGAGUGUGUGGGAUAUAUACGGAUGUAUGUUCUGUGACAUAUUUCAACAUUUACUGAAAUUUAAAAGCGCAAUGUCUUUUAAACAUGGGCCGGCGGUAAGCGUUGGAAGUAGUGGGGAGCAACUUUCAGGACAUAACUGCAAUCUAGAAAACACCACCCCGAGAUGAAUUACAGUAUUCCAGCCAGUUCGCAGCUGUUGUUCCGUGCCUGUGAUGAGGGGGAUUAUGAGAGUGCCCGGAGGAUCCUCGAACCCGGGGCGAGCGAAACCGGGACUCAGUGCAGAUCUGAGUGUAACGUAGAUAUCUCCCGAGCCCUUUCGCUUGUACCGGUGGACUGCACGGACGAAGAAGGAAACACUGCGCUACAGUUCGCCGCAGCGAGUGGACACGAAAACCUGGUCAGGUUUCUACUUAGGAAAGGGGCCUCCGUGGACAGUCGCAAUCAUUAUGGCUGGACCCCGCUCAUGCAAGCUGCAAGGUUCGGGCACCUCAAUGUUGCCCAGAUCCUGCUGGAAAAUGGGGCGGAGGUCAACGGCAAGAACAGGAUGGGGGCGAGCGUGCUCACCAUGGCGGCCCGAGGGGGCCACGUCAGCAUGGCUAAGCUGCUGAUGGAGAGUGGCGCCUUCGUGGACGACUACGACCACCUGGACGUCCCCGCCGGGAACAGCAACCACAACAACAAUGGCGGAGGGGGCGGGGGCAGCGGCGCCGAGUUCCUGGACGUCACAGCCCUGAUGACGGCUGCCCAGCACGGCCACGAGCCGGUCGUCAGGCUGCUCCUGGAGUGGGGCGCCGACGUCAACCUGGCCCCGAAGACCACGGGCUGGAGCCCGCUCAUGCUGGCCGCCCUCGGCGGGAAAGUGGGCGUGGCGCAGCAGCUGGUGGAACGGGGCGCCGACCCCGACCACGUCAACGCGCUGGGCAAGACCGCCUUCGAGGUUGCCCUGCAGCUGAAGCAGAAGGAUGUGAAGAACUACCUAGACUCCAUCACCACCGUUCGCCCACAGCCAGAUGAUGAGAAAAGAAGACCAGAUGUAUUCAGUGCACUGAAAUUAGGGAACACCCAGCUGGUGAAGGACAUCCUGGACGAGGACCCGGCCCAGGUGAACAUGGCCAAUGCGGACGGGGCCUCUCCGCUGAUGAUCGCCGCGGUCAGCGGACAGCUGGAGGUGGUGCAGCUGCUGGUGGAGAGGAGCGCCGACGUGGACAAGCAGGAUGGCGUCCACGGUUGGACCGCGCUCAUGCAGGCCACCUACCACGGGAACAAGGAUGUUGUGAAGUACCUGUUGAACCAGGGAGCUGACGUCAAUCUCCGUGCCAAAAAUGGAUACACUGCCUUUGAUCUAGUCAUGCUGCUGAAUGACCCAGACACUGAGCUGGUUAGGCUGCUGGCCUCCGUGUGCAUGCAGGUGGAUAAAGAGAAAGGCAGACCCAGGACCCGGUCUUCCCUCACGCGCUCCAAAAGCAGACAGUCCCUCAGCAUCCCUGUGCCUCCUGAUGAUAAGGGCGGAUUAAAGUCGUGGUGGAACAGGAUGUCUAACCGGUUCCGGAGGCUGAAGCUGACCCACACACUGAGGCACGGGCUCUCCACCAACCGUCUGGCCCCCUUCCCGGACGACCCCGAGACGGCUCUGGACUCCACCAUGAAGGCGGAGCGGAAGAACGCGGGCCCCAACGGCGCCGUCGCGAUGCCCCCCAGUCUGGGCAACACGGAAGUCAGCAUCGCAUGGACCGCCAAGAGCAAGGACAGUGGUAUUGGCAGAACCAACACAGAAAAAGAUGACUCUCUCAUAACUACAAUGCUGAGGAAUGGUGCUCCCUUGACCCGCCUCCCCAACGACAAGCUGAAGGCUGUGAUCCCCCCCUUCCUCCCGCCGUCCAACUUCGAGCCGUGGAACUCGGACCGCUCCCGCGUCAUGAAGGAGGGGAAGACUGAGCCGGCCCGCCUCGCCAUGCCCCAGAGGCCCGGCAAGGGCAGCUUCAACAGCAGCGGCAACUCCGACAUCACGUCUGUCAGCCGCGUGGUCAACCGGUCCAUCAAGUUCCCCAGCAUCACGAAGGGUCCCGUGUCCCCCUCGAACUCCGGAAACUUCAACUACUCCCCCCACUCUUCCGGGGGCUCCAAUGGCGUGGCCGGCGUGAACAGGCACGCAACGGACCAGCACAACCGGUCUGGCGGCAGCGCAGACAGCGUCCUGUCCCAGAUUGCUGCUCAGAGGAAAAAGGCUGCAGGGCUGCUGGACCAAAAGCCCCAGGCCCCAGAGACGCCAGCCCCCCCAGUGCCCGACAUGAGCCUCCCGGACAUCCACAGCACCCCCAGCCUGGUGGCCAGUGAGGUCCACGGCAGAAGGAAAAUGGACCUCAUGAAGCGGCCGCAGUCUGGAAACUCGUCCACCUCGAAGAGCACUUCCCCCACCCUGACCCCCUCCCCGUCUCCGACACCCAAACCGCCCCCAGGGGACUCCCUCUCCUCUGCCUCCUCACACCCGCGCUCCAAGAGCAGCGGUGGCUCUAGCAGUGGCACCAUCACAGACGAGGAUGAGCUGUCAGGGAUUCUGAAGAAACUCUCACUGGAAAAAUACCAGCCCAUAUUUGAGGAGCAGGAGGUAGAUAUGGAAGCCUUCCUCACCCUGACUGAUGGGGAUCUAAAGGAGCUUGGUAUUAAAACAGAUGGGCCCAGGCAGCAAAUUCUGGCAGCCAUUUCAGAGCUGAAUGCUGGAAAGGGUAGAGAAAGGCAGAUUCUGCAGGAAACAAUUCACAACUUCCAGUCCUCAUUUGGCAGCAGCGCCAGCAACCCUCGGCCCCCUGGGUAUCCCCGCUCUCCAGCAGGUUGGGUGAGACAGCAGGUGCGCACCUCUAAUAAGAGGUAGUGGCAGGGCAGCCCCCCGCAGGGGAAAGGGUGAACCUCAGAGUGUUGGGUGAGCGAGCCCAAGUGUGUGGAGCCUCUCCUGGACGCCAGUGUCCCAGAGCACAGCCUAGUGCUGGAGGACGCUGCAGCACAGACGCCAGGCCCGCGGCCCGGGCUAGCAAGCGGGUGGACCGAGGCCACAGGGAGCCGCGGGCAGCAGCCCGCUCCUGGCCGCUUUCAGACAGAGCACAAAGUAAUGUGCUGCAAUCAUCCUUACCACGGUACUAUGGGUGUCUUACACCCUGUGACAUGGAGAGAGAAGGACUGUGUGCUCAGUGUAGUAGGCAUUUACAAAAGGGUUCUUCUGCAAAGCUUUGCCAGCCCGCAUAUGGAAGUUUGGAGGGAAAGCCUGCAUUCUAUUACUGUGGUCAUCAUGCUGAUGUCAUCAGUGGAUUCUGGGGUGCCCAGAUCAAGAAGCAGUAGGAGAGAAAUUAUUUCUUUUGUCUUUUAUUUUAUCAUAUUUGCCUUUGAUAUAUUUUAGCAAAAUAAAUCGUUAAAUCAUAAAUAUAAUUUAUUUCUGUGUUCUUGUAGCUUGUUGGUA